UUACAGCAAAUAUGGCGUUCUUUGUAUUGUGAAGCGGAGGAGCUACAGAAAAACAAAUACAUUGUAUGUUUUGAACAACUAAAAAAGUCAGGAUGAAAGUGGUCAAUCUGAAGCAAGCCAUUCUGCAGGCAUGGAAGGAGCGAUGGAGUGACUACCAGUGGGCCAUAAACAUCAAGAAAAACUUUCCAAAGGGAGCAACAUGGGACUACCUAAACCUUGCAGAGGCCCUGAUGGAGCAGGCGAUGAUUGGUCCAUCUCCCAACCCCCUUAUUUUGUCUUACCUUAAAUAUGCCAUCAGUUCCCAGAUGGUGUCUUAUUCCAGUGUGCUUACAGCCCUUAGCAAGUUUGAUGACUUUUCUCGGGAGCUGUGUGUCAAAUCCCUGUUGGAGAUAAUGGACAUGUUCUGCCAUCGUCUCAGCUGUCACGGCAAAGCAGAGGAAUGCAUUGGGCUGUGUCGGGCUCUGCUGGGCGUGGUGGUGUGGCUGCUGCAGGGCUGUGCCUGGUACUGUGAGAAGCUGAGAGAACUGGGUCCAUCAGCCAGCACAGAGGCCAGUCUGAGAGCCUGCCAGGAGAGGCUGCACACCCUGAUGAACAGCUCCAAGAACAGAGCACUGGUUCACAUUGCUCGGCUGGAGGAUCAAGGUUCCUGGAGCAACGUGGAGCAAUCAGUGCUGAGAGUAACGGAGGGCCUCAGCAGUCUCACUAACCAGACACUGAGGAAUAAAUUAGAGGAAAGCUUGUCACUAGUAAAAGGAAUUCCCAUGAUGCUGUCUGAGCAGAGUGAGCCUACGUUUCAUCCCUCCUUCCCAUCGGUCCACGCCUUCAUCAUGCUGGAAGGGACCAUGAAUCUGACGGGGGAGACACAGCCGCUGGUGGAGCAGCUGAUGAUGAUCAAGAGAAUGCAGCGAGUCCCUACUCCCCUUUUUGUCCUGGAGAUCUGGAAGGCGUGCUUCACCGGCCUCAUCGAGUCACCAGAGGGCACAGAGGAGCUCAAAUGGACUGCCUUCACAUUCCUCAAG